GUUGAAACCUGCCUCGAUUUUCUGAAAUUUAAUUUGUAUCUUACUGCUAGAAGCAGCACCAUGUUGUUCUAGCACGGGAUGCAAGCCUUGAGCUCAGAUGUAUUGAGAUUUUUUUAAUUAAUUGCAGAUGAGAAGGCAAAACUGCAUGCACGCCGCAUGCUCGCCUAAGGAGACGAAGAACUAGAGUAGUAGGUGGGAGACGCUUGCAGUUGCAGGUACAACCACAAUCGCCACGUCCAAGCUCCAAUAUACGAGCAAAUAUUAGUCUGAGUUCUCAUCUGCCAAGGAACCAGCGCCAAGAACAGGAAUAAGCGCAGGAACUGCGUGUUCAGGCGAUCAGGCUGCGCCAGUCAUGUCCGAAAGCUCGAGAUCUAUGGUCGAGUCAAAAUGGACCUUUUUCUAGACUAGUCGACGUCAUCAGCUCCGGUUCUGCUGUUUCCGAGGUGCAGGUCCGCUUCAUGGGAGCCAAUGCGCAUCAGCUUCUCAGCUCCAUGCCGGACGAGACUUCUAUCAUCCGCAUUGUUUUGAAAACAGGCAUAUUCGUUUUUCUACACGGUUACGUCCGCUAGGCUCGGACCACCGCGCAUCGCCACUUGAUUGAUUGAUUGCAGUCUCUUGUUCGCCUAUCGCAAGAAAUACGAGCUCGCCCUGUACCGUGCACUUUGUGCUGUAAUAAUCCAGAGAUGUUGGAAAGAAUAGUAUGCAGGUGCCGCUUCGCGUUGUGGAUGGUGCUGGCUGCACCCAGGGUCUCGGUGUCAGGCGCGCCGCCCGUGCUGCGCAUCUUCGAAGGUUCCCCAGACGAACAAGAGCCUUCACUUACGAGCGAGGGUCACAAUGGACGCCCUCCCUUCAGAGAACAGUAACUAGAUUGUCAGAUAGUUCUUGCGCAGUAUUCGUAUUGUUUCUUAAGUGACUACGCACAGUUGCAUUCUUUGGGGGAUAAGGCUCUGUUGAUAAGCAUUAAUAUGCAGCAUUUAGUGAUAGUUAGAGACCUCAAGCGAUCUGUUCAAAAGUUAGUUGUGUCGAUACAAAAAUUCUCAGGGAAAAAAGCCCCACGGACAUGCUUUUAGCCCGAGAAAUCGAGGGCCUGGGCAUAGCCGGGGAGCAGCAGCCAAAACGACUCCGGACUGGGCUGUCGCCCACAGAAUCGGCAGCCGAGAGGGCAGCACUGCAUAACCGGACGCGGGCAGGAUCAGACGUUGAGCUGGCGCCGAUGGGCGGGAUCAUGCUGGUUCUGUAUUCCGGAGGCGUGCUCGACGGUGCGACAAAUAAUGAGGGAAACACGUCUCUAGCGGCGCGAGCACAUGCAGCUUUCCAGCCAUGUCCUGCGCCAGUCGCUAAUAGUACUGCAGUAACAUUCAUCACAACCCCGACCACCGGCAUUAGUGCACCUGGUGUUUCAACAGGAGAUGCAGCGGGCAGGCCGGGGGGUCCUCAUUUUCUGAGGAACAACGAACAUGUGCUGAUGUUAGCCCCGGACGUGAACUUCUCAGAAAAUGGUUGUAAUCUAGCGAGUACGCCAAUGGACCACGGUGGCUGUGCCCAUGCUGGUGGUGGUGUGACCACAUUCGUAAAUUCAACGACUACUGCUCCAGUGAUUGCAUCAGGCUGCGCGCCCUUGCAUGCUUCCUCGACAGCGUACUUAGACGCGGCAAAAAGAGGCGCAGGAAUAAUACCUACAUCAGGCGACGGCAAUCAUCGUGGCCUCUCAACGCAAAAUCAUGGAGGCGGCAGUUCUGGCGGCUUUCGGCUUCCUCCUGCACAUUCCUCGAAUGCUCCUGGGAACAGUGUGGCCAGAGGGUCCCGUCAGAGACCUCCGAUACCGCGGCCUGGCCCUGGCUUCGCUCCUGCCGCACGAGAGGCAGCAACGGCCCAGCAGACGGGUGGUAGGCCACCGCAACCGCCGACCCGCCUUUCCUCGGCCACAGACUGGAGUGCCGGACAAACGCAAGGAUCCAGAAAUGCUUGCAACGAGUGCUCUCGGAAUGCAGGGCAGGGCUACAAUCUCCCACCGCUGGACCCUCGCUGCGCCCCUUGCAGAGGCAAUACAGUUCCAGUAUUGUCUUCUGGCUCAUCUUCUACCUCUUCUACCCGAGGCAACAGGAACGCGGGCGGGCGCUCGGCGCCGUAUCAAACGAAUGUACCGACAGCACCUGGAGGAGCAUUACCAGAGCAACAAGAAUCUCUGGGGCCGAGGCGUGACGAAAGGAGGCAGAGCUGGUCCCACAGACGGAUGCUCUCACAAUCCGGGAGUAGCAGAAGUAAUCUGAGCUUGAUGGGGGAGCAGCAUACACAGCGUUCGGUGGGAAGCCCAGAGGCUGUCGAGAUCAGCCCUGCCAGCGUUGACGACGCCUUCAACCUAGACAGGUUACCGGACAUGCUGCCUUCCGAUACGUAUGAACCGCCCUACCAGGGGACGCACCACCGAUAUCUUAGAGAUGGCUUCCCGAAUCUCCCGUCGAGCGCUCAUUCUGAAGUAGGAAGCCCCGCGAACACGCCGGUGCGAGACCCCACAAAUGCAAUGAUCUUGCUCAAAAACGCACUCGGACGAAACGUUCCUGACAACGUUGUGAAUACUCAUUCUCCGUUUCCCCGACAACCAUGUGCUGCAGGUAAAGACAAAGACCGUGGUCACUAACUACUUAUACUAGGAAUUAUAGAUAACUUUUACUUAUCAAUCUUUCUCGCUAGUCGCUCUUGUUACCAUAAUAGCAGAUUUCUGUUUUUGAAUUACUACCACUUGUAUUUCUCUUGCAGAUAUCAAGUUCUAUACCUUCACCUCGUCUUGCGUCGGUGCACGAGCAUCUGCCACGCUUCGACUCAUGACAUCCCACUAUUCCCAAUCACACCUCCAGAUGAAGCCUCGGUCAUGAAAGGGAUUUGGCAAAAAGGGAUGGGGUCUGAAUCUCUACAUGGAGUCAGCGUAAGCCAGGUUUCGACGGCAUAUAAUAGCCCGGCCCACGAUCCACGCGGACGACAAUCAGUACUGCUUUCUGUAUAAAAAGAAUAGAUGAGAGAUUAGGAGUUCGAAGACGUCGCAUGUUGCUUUCCAAGAGAAGACAACAGCCGGGCACCGCUGGCCAUGCAAUCUCAUUUGCUCGUAUUUCUAGUUCGAUGAAUUUUCUUAUCACAAGAAAUGAUAACCCUUUUAUUUUCACCAGAUGCUGUUAGACGUCGAGCCAGAGCAGCUGUUUCCUCGUCGUGUACUCUGCCGCGGAAGUUCGAAACCAGCUGGCAGAUCCGGCACCGAAACGGAAUUCCAGACUUUCGAGCAGUUUGAGGCCACACUCAAUCGCAGAUUCGCGCGUACUCUUCAGGCGGGCGAAAUAGCAGAAAAUACGAUGCGCAACGAUCUUCUGGCGCGCAGGUACUCAAUGUUUGUAAAAAAAUGAUAAUGAUAAUAUUCACUUUUUUCUUGUCAGCUCGUCGUUAGUAGGGAAUAUCUGUGAAAUAGCCCCUUGUCCAACUUUUAGUAACGAAACUCCAAACUAAUUUUUGACGAAGACGAUUGAUUCAAGGUGGUUCAUCAAUGGCCUUUACCUGGAAAUAUCUAUGCAACCAAAACACCAGUCAUGUUUCACGAAAAGUGCCACCUAUUCGUCACUGCGCAACUUGAAAACACUUCACCAUUAUUACUUUACAGUAAGCAAGAGAAGCCCCUCAUCCUGGAUUUCGAUUUAGUGGAUUUAUUCAAACGUUUUGUGGUCCUAGUGAAUGUGCCGAUGAGCCCUGGACUGUGGCAGAGUGUGCGAAAUAUGGCAACGAUAAUGAACAAGUACGGCUACGCGAACGAGGCGGAUGUCAUAAGUACCAUUCGUCUUCUGAAUUUACGACCGGCUCUUAUUGCGUGUUCAGGGGAUUAGAAGAGACAGAUGAAAAGUAUCACUUCACUAGAUUUCACUGUUGGCCCAUAAAUGAGACGAGCUAGUACCACAUGACCACUAUAUCGCCCCAUGAUAAUAUUAUAGGUAUGCUCGCGUACGCGUCCUGGUAUUUUUCGAGACUUCGGGCACUGGAUCCGGACGAUGCGCCUAUUCCCUACGCAGACUUCGUUGAAGACGGCGGUAAGAGAAUACCCGAAGAGCAUAGGGAGUAUGUUAGGGAGAAACGAGCAGAACGCUACAAAAACUGUGAUGGUCACUUCGCGCCAACCGCUGCUGAAACAAACAAGAUGAUCGCUAUCUUGUACAUCCCACCUUUUUUCUAAUCCGUUGAGUGCAUUUCUUGAGAAAGCGUCCUGAGCAUGUUGUUGAACGAGUCGAUCAAGUAUAGAGGCAAUCUGAAAAAGCAACCUGCUACGCUAGAAAUGUAAAGUUGAAGUGGUACCUAUUUGAUUGAGGUCAUAUUACGGAGAUAGCAGUAUCUAAGUUUUGACACCUGCAAGAACUCUCUUAAACCCCAGGUUGCAGCUUGCGCAUCUGAUCAUCUACGACCAACAUCCGACACCGGACACAUGGCGCUACUAUUUGGUGUUAUGACAUGGAACAUGACAUAAGAAGAAAUAAUUUACCCUACCCGUCAUUAAAUAAGACUCUGUGUUGAAGGAGAACAAGUCCGGACAAUCCUCUAUCAAUUACAAUUACUUUGGAAGCAUCGACUAUGUAGUUUGUCUCCGCUGCAUAGCUUCUUCCUCUCCUUCUAGACUGUGGCCCAACUUCAUAUUCUCCUUGGAUCGGCAAGAAGGACCCUGCACAACCUGGCAUGACAACAAGAGAGGUGAAAACGUAUUCGCCCUACUCGAAAAAACACUUUGAUGAAACCUGCAGAUGGAUACUACGAAAACUGGAAUACCGAUUAAUGUUAAGGCCGCAUGAUGAAAUCAGUAGAUGUAGAAGAGCUACGAAAUAGUAUUCGUAUACGCCAACACCUAUGGGAGAUGAAUUGAUGUUUAGGCGAACGCUUAAACCACUAGGCUCAAUACAAGUUACCACUUGUGAGUAAUAGCAUAUCACUAAGUAGUUUGUCAUUAGAGCUAAAGGAUUGUUUAGCUUCUAACGCAAGACCACGAUCAGUUCUGGACGCGGUAUCACUUGUUGUCGGGCAGGAACCCUGCAACGACAUGGAAUGGGCCCCUAAGUCCGAGAGCAUGGGAGGAGAACGUUCCUGUGGGGGAGCCAGACGAUUUUUAUGAUUACCACUGUCCUUAUGACAGUAGGAAAGGCAUCUCCGAUCCCAUCUGGAAGAAGAAAAAGGCCUCCAGGUGAUCUUUGAGACGCAUUUCCUUCAUUUCAAAUGUCCGCAGAACGGCGAAGCAGGUAGUGGAGAUGUUGAUGCAGGCUUGCAAGAUCAAGGAGAGGAGCGCCAAUUCGAAAUUGUAAUGGUCGAGCACUAGCAGACACUGAAUCAACACGUCGGAGUACCCGAAGAAAUUUAACCGGUUAAUUUUCCCCCCUUCUAUCUCUCUUCAUCAAAUUUAUCACGGUCAAGCACUUAUUGUAGCUCUCUGCUGCAGGUGGCGAAGGAGGCUGGCUGACACUUAUGCUACAAAAGCAGUUAUACUCCAUGAAUCGGUGGACUAGCACUGGGGGAGAAGGGGCGCACUAGUAACAAGGUUCAAAUUCACAUAAUAGCCGUGAACGCAGAGUCAUCUAGUCGUCCUGACUGAAAACAAAUGAUAUGAUUGGAUACCUGGCGUACAACUACAACUUGUUUUCGACCUGGGUAACGCUCGUGGUCCAUUUUUUAUAACGCAGUCGAGUUUGGUUUCAGGUAAGCUC